AUGUUUUAUCAGUAUCUUGUGCAUGAUAUUCAGUCACAACUGCAAGAAGCUGGUCAGCAACCAUUGAGGGUACCUCGGUGCUUCCACACGUCACUAGAAGAAAAUCAAGAGGUUGUCAUCCUCGAGGAUCUCCGGCCAAGAGGAUUCAAGAUGUUCGACCGCAAGAAAGGCAUGGACGUCGCCCACACCAAGCUCGUCCUCGAGGAACUGGCCAGACUCCACGCAGCCUCGUACCUCCUCAAGGCCAAGAUCCCAGACCUUGCCGACAAGUACCCAGUCCUGAGUCUGGAUUGGCUCAACUAUGCCGAUGAAGCAAGAGAUGUUACGUUUAAGACAUUUUCCAAGCAGAUGGACAUAGUUAAAGAUAUGCUGAAUAAAGUGGGAGGGUACGAAGUGGCGGAGAACUGGCUCGGCAGAAACAAGGAGAGAGUGUUAGAGAUCCUGGCUGAGCAGCUCGCUAGGGUUCCUCCCUUCGACCUUUUGUGUCACGGUGACUGCUGGAAUAAUAACGUACUCUUUAGGUGCAACGAAGAGGUUCCUGUCGAAGUAAUGUUACUAGACCUGCAGAUGUGUCGCCAGGCCUCCCUCGCCACAGACCUCAACUACCUCUUCCACACAAGAGUACAAGAACUUCAAUACGAUUUGUUGCUGGCAAUGCUAGUGACUAUAAUCAUUAUCUGUGAAGGAGACAUCAACAAGGAGAACCAGGACAGUUUCACUGAUUCAAUGAGAGAUGUUUUAGAUGAUCUGGUUUCAACAUCACCUAUAUUGCGUCCUCGAUUCCUAAGUAUAUUUGACGAAAUGAUUGAAAACAGUGACUGA